AUGAGUGACCAUGCGGCUUCUCCCAGCGACCUCCCGCGUAGUCCCGAUGACGGUACCAGUCAGGAAGCCAUUCCUUAUUUGGAGCGCGGGGUCUAUUCGGAGGUUCUUAACAUUCAGAAAUCCCAAAUUCUCCAAGCAUCUAUGGGUCCACCAGAGGAGGCGUGGGAACGUGAUACUGUCUGUAUCGCCCCGCUUCCUGCCAGAACUUUCCAGUCUACAGCCACAUCUUUCAGAGGCCUUUCCGAGCCCCCACCUUUUGAUACUGUCCCUGUUGAGCCAAAAGUGGUGGCAGCGAAGUUUCACGCUCCUAAUAGUGCUCCUCGAAGGGUUACGGUGGAACGUAGACGAAGAGCGUAUGAGGCAUACAGCAUAGAAGAGUUAUUACUCAAGCGUGGAAUCAACUACAGCGACCCAACAUUUGAAGCAAAGAGCUGGCUGCCGCUAGAGCCAUUCGAUGAUACAACCUUUGACGACCGUUCUCCACAAGAGUGGAUGGCCCUUUGCACAGGUGCAGACAGGGAGUUUCUGCCUCUGUCUGCGAAGGUAUGA